AUGUCUUCAAAGAAUGCCGCCGAGUCGGAGGAGAUCACCGGCCAGAGUGCUCUGCCCAUCUCCCGAAUCAAGAAGAUCAUUCAGCUAGACGAGGAUAUUGUGCAAUGUUCCAGUAACGCGACUUUCGUCAUUGCUAUGGCUACUGAGAUGUUUAUCAAACACCUCGCCGAGCAAGGCCACAAUGUGGUCAAGUCCGAACGGAAACCGCGCAAGACCGUUCAAUACAAAGACCUCGCAAGCGCAGUCUCCCAUACCGAUAACCUCGAGUUCCUCUCCGAUGUUAUUCCCAAGACUACGACCUACAAACAAUUCAAAGAGAAGAAGGCCAAGGAAUCCACCGAGAUGGAGAAGGGCCAGCGCACGCUGAAUGGAACUGGCGCGGCACCAGCCAAGGCAAAUGGCUCGACUCCCGAGAAGAACAAUGCCAAGGGAAUGAAUCGACGGUCUCAUCCCCGACAGUUCCGCGAACGCCAGUCGUGCCUGUGA